UUGAACGUGAGAGGAGAGAUUUUAACGGGAUCACAGCAAAUCCAUAGCAACAUUUUCACAUUUAUUACGUAUUCACAUCAACAAUUGAUUUACAAAUUAUCGGUUAUUGUGCAGUGAACAACAACAACAACACCAAAAUUUACUAUUCCCUUGUGUAAAUUUCAAAUUUUAGCUAUUGGAAUACCGUUCGGAAAACAAAAGAAUACACAUUUACGUUUCAAAGUGAAUACCGGUCGAUGUUAUCUAUUAUAAAUUUUUUGUUCUAAAAUGAGAUUUUAUUCAAUAUCUCGACCACGGACAUAAAAUUUAAAAUACAUAGUGAUUCAGUGCAAUUUUUCAAUCACCUUUGUUGAACCUUGCACAUAUCAUUCUUAAUAUCGGGAUCUUGGUGAAGUAAAAAAAAAACGAUAUAAAAAGACAUUGUUGCAAGUCGUCGUAUGCAGUGAACGACCUUAAUUAAAGAGUCAACAAUGGCAAAUCAACCAAGUUGAUACUCACAAAUCCAUUUGCGGGCAUUUACGGACUGUGUGGUAGUUACUUCUGUUCUGUACAAUUCGAAAGACAAAAAAAAGCAUCCGUUCGUGUUUGUAUAACCAACGAAAGCUUUUUAAAUCAACAUUAAGCACAUAAUUGGUGAGAAAAAAAAAGAGAUUCAUUGACAUACCGAAAAUUGUUUGCGUCAAUGGCUUGUAGUCGAUCUCCACCGGCAAGUCCUCGCGCUCCGAAAAUUCAACAGCAAAUUUGGGACGAUUGUGCAACACCACCAGUCGGCCUAUUCGACCCGAAUAAAUUAAGAAAAUCAACGCGAGAUUCACCAAAGUCGAGAAGUAUCCACAGCUCAUCACAAGAUGACUCACCGAAAUUAUAUCGGGAUCAAAGAAGCCCAAAAUCACCGCAAAAAUUUACCUAUGGUCCGAAAGUGGCAGAGCCACAGUAUUUUAGUCUCGAAGAGCCGCCGCGCAGUCCAAAAAUAACAUAUUCAACACCAUCGCCGACAUCCAGUAAAAUGGCUGACAUUUCUGGAAAUGUAUCACCGUCUAGCGGUUAUUUUGAACAACGCAGUCCCAAAUAUUUAUCGCAUCAAUCAUCACCACGAAAAUUCGUGUUCGAUGCGGUCAGUCCCCGGCGCGAAUCUAUCGCUAGUAAAUCUGGAUUUAGUGUAGCCAAACCGAAUGAUGUUGUCGAUAUGCAUGAAUUUGACACAACCCCACCAAAUUCACCAUACAAAUUUCCAUCGUCGAUGUCACAUUCGAUUAAGCUUAAGCGUCAAUCGUCAUUGCACUAUAAGAGAUCACAACAAUACCAUCAACCACAACAGCAUUCCCAUAGACAAUCGCCAAAUUUCGAUUUGAUAAAACAAUCGUCCGAUCCACUGCAUUCGACUUUUGUUACAGAUUUUCCUAGCAAUGUGCGCAAACAACAACAACAACAACAAAAACAGAUAGCAGCACCACCACCAUCACAACAACUGCAGCAUCAGCACCAACAACAACAACACCAACAACAACAACAGCGACGACAGUCAAUAUCAAAUGAGGCAUCGUCUGAAAUAAGCGCGGCAACAACAGCAUUAUGCUGCGAAAGUACAACCACCACCGACACCAGUCGACAAAGUAGUUCCGAUUGGCGACGUCAAGCUAUGCAUAUCACUUCCAAUCCAAACUACCAGGCUUUGCACACUUCGCAUUCGACAUUGGAUCGAACAUGCUCAGAUAGUGUAAUGAUGUCUUCGUGCUGUCGAAAAUCAACAAGUGACCUAACUUCCGUGACUGAGAGCAACAUUGGGGCACCUGUAGCAUCACACCAUCGUCGUCGCGGAAGUUCAAAAGGAGGCCUAGCGCUUUUAGCAAGUCGUCGUAAUUCGCGCGAUUCCAUUAAAAGUGCUGCGUCAAAUUCAUCAUUAUUCUCAAACGAAGAUGUUGGACCUUUGGCUUUUCAAGCUUCGGCGAGAGGACGUCAACGAAGGACAUCAAAUUUUCUGGAAUUACCUGUUCCUGAUCAUCAGCGUCCUCGUGUUUGCUCUUUGCCCGAUCGCCCGUACAAUCCUCGGCAAAGUGAUGACCUGUACCGGUUGCGCACAUUUUCCAUAUCAAAAGGAACCGUUGUCAAUUGUGGGGAUUCAAUCAUCAGUCGACGGUCUCGCAGUAAUACCUCGGUCAAUUCAACAACUAGUCGAGCGAGUGAGCGAUCACCAUUUGAGGGUUCGUGCUGUGGAAAAGGAUAUACAGCUGUUGAUGAUUCGUUGCCACCGUCGCCCACCGAAAGCGCUGAAAUUCCACCACCACCAAGAUAUCGCGUUGUACUCUUCGGGGAUGCGGGCACUGGCAAGACGGCAUUGGUCUCACAGUUUAUGACCUCAGAGUAUAUGCACACAUACGACGCAAGUUUGGACGAUGAGUUUGGCGAGAAGACGGUUAGUGUAUUGUUGGAUGGCGAAGAAUCUGAGAUCGUAUUCAUCGACCACCCGAGCUCGGAAAUGAGUGUAGAGAAUUCCUUGUCAACCUACGAACCACACGGCUGUGUAAUAGUUUAUUCGGUUGUUCAGCGCUCAUCGUUUCGCCAAGCUGAAGAGAUAGUUAAGUACUUAUGGCGUGAGAAUGUAACCAAGGAGAAAAGCGUCAUUCUAGUUGGUAAUAAAGCCGAUUUGGCACGUUCACGAGUAAUACCAACGGCAGAAGGUAAAGCAUUAGCCAAGUCCAUAGAAGCAAAAUUUAUCGAAACAUCAUCAGGCAUUCAGCACAACGUUGAUGAGCUUCUCGUAGGCAUUCUGAAACAGAUCCGCCUAAAAGAGACCCGUGACAAAAAAGCUGCCGCUCAAAAUGCCAUGAAAAUGCGAAACUCACGAACGCAUAUAAAUUUCACAUUAGCAAAGGAAAUUCUCCAGAAAAUCUGUCUAAGUGACAUUACUAAAUCAAGGAGCUGUGAAAAUUUGCAUGUAUUGUAAGAAGAAAAAAACAACACAUCGUUUUGACGGGUUUUUGUGUACAUUAUUAUCGCUGGAUGCGAAUGAAAAGUAAUCCCGACGACGAGCGGUAGAUGUUAUGUGCCGAUGAUGAAUAGAAAAAAAUAAAUUACAUUUUUCUCGUGAAAAGGUUUGAGGCAAAAAAAGGAUAAAUACGUCUCUUUCUCGUGUAAACGCUGGAAUAACGAUUUGCACCAGCAGCCACGACACGGAAAUGUAUUGCGUCGUAUCGUUUUAUAUCCAGUGACUUUUCUAUCUCCAGCUUAACCUUGAGCAAAAAAAAAUUAAUAAAUAGUGUUAAUUGUUUUUAUAAAUGUUUGAUAUACGUGUUUAUUUAAAAAAAAAAAGUCUUUGAAUGGUGACUAUAAAAACUCUAUUGAAGAUAGAGAAUCACUUGUAUUUUGUUUCUUCAAACAAAGGCAUUGUAUAAUGAACAUAAAGAACUAAGUGGUAGAAUACUUUAAAUGGAAAUGAGAACUUUUAAAUCGAUCGAUAGAGCUUCUUGUUCUUGAAACGCAGCAAAAUAUUGAUAAACUAUUUAUUUUCAAGUGAUUCUAAAAAACAUACUGAGUGCUUUUCAAUGCAAUCAGUUGACACAAAGUGUACUAAAAAAAGUCAAGUAAUUUUAAUAAUAAAAAGUAUAUAGAUCGAUAAGAUAGGAGUGACUUAGAAUUGUCGACUUUUCCGAAAUGUGCGAGAAGGUGAAUUAGUUUGAAAUAUAUAGGUGAAUAGUUGAACGUUUAUUUGUAGGCCACGUGCCACGUGAAUUGCCUUGCAGCGGCGAAUUUCAGCACAUUAAAAUUGAUUUCAUUUGAAGCAAAACCAUAUCAGCAUGAAAAUUUGAUGAUACUCUAGUAUUUAUUGAUUUAAAUCGAAUGGUACACUUUCUUCGUAUCAUAUGCUUGCAAGCAUUCACAAUAAAUACAUUAUCCGCAUGAACCACUUCUAGUUUAUCUAUAUGUCAGUAAUGUGCGAAGGGAGGGGGUAGAGGGAUUCCGCCGAAAUUAUUCGAAUUUGC